GUUCCAGCAAGCCAUGGGAGGAGUUCCUGCCUGGGCUGAUUUAGAAAACAGGAAGAAAUCCAAAGGGUCUUCAAGUGAUAGUGACAGUGAUGAAGAUGAUGAUCUGCUACGCAGAACUGGCAACUUUGUCACGAGCUCAGAGUCUCUGCCAAGAGGAAUUCUGAAGAUGAGGACCUGCCUCCCUGCUAACCAGGAACGUUUUGCUGAUGGAAGACUGGUGACAGUGCAGUUUCACCCUUCUGCCCAGGUGGUCAUGACUGCUGGACACGAUCGCUCUGUGUCACUCUUUCAGGUGGAUGGGAUAAGGAAUCCCAAAAUACAGAGCAUCUAUUUAGAGAGUUUUCCAAUUUAUAAGGCUCGUUUCAGUGUUAAUGGAGAGCAAGUUAUAGCCACUGGGACUCACCACAGCAUGUUCUUUGUGUAUGACAUGAUGGCUGGAAGUAUCAUUCCCAUACCAAGAGUAAGAGGUGUGCAGGAAAAAUUUCUCAGAAACUUCGAACUUUCUCCAGAUGGAUCAUUUAUGCUGCUAAUUGGGACCUCAGGUUACCUCCACUUGCUGUCAAUGAAGACAAAGGAGCUGAUCAGCAGUAUGAAGGUAAAUGGAAGAUGCAGUGCAUGUGCUUUCACUCCAGACAGCAGUAAAAUAUACAGUUAUUCAAAGGAAGGUGAAGUUUUCAUUUGGGAUGUGAGAAGCAGAAAGUGCCUACACAAAUUUGAAGAUGAAGGUUCUUUGGAAGGAAAGUGCAUUGCUGUGUCAAAAAAUAACCAGUAUGUGGCAUGUGGUUCAUCUACUGGAGUUGUAAAUUUGUACACUACUGAUGUCUGUCUCAAAGAAAACAGACCUAAACCAGCUAAAGCCAUAAUGAACCUUGUGACUUCUGCUACCUGUGUGACCUUCAACCCCAGCACAGAAAUCCUGGCCGUGGCUUCCCGUGACACGGAUGAGGCUGUCAAAUUGGUGCACAUUCCUUCCUAUACUGUGUUCUCAAACUUCCCAGUGUUCAGAAGAAAACAGAUUUAUCUUGCUCAAUCUAUGGACUUUUCUCCCAGAAGUGGGUAUUUCUCUGUGGCAAAUAACAAAGGCAAAGCUUUGUUAUUCAGGCUGAAACAUUAUUCAUCUUUUUAAAAGAAGAUAGAGGAGAAAAUGGACAAGUA